AUGUCAUCCUCCGGCGCCGACGCUUCCGACCUCGAUGCCGCGCUCGCCCUCCUCUCCGGCCCGCAGCUCGUGGCGCACCUCCGCGCCACCUGCCGCAGGGCGGACUACGACGCGGCCGCGCGGGUGCUCGGCGACCGCGACCGCAGUCUUGCCAAGGUCGAGGACGAGCUCGCCGAGGCCCGGACGGGCCUGGAGAAUCUGGGCGCGCAGGUCCAGGACCUGGAGGAGCGCUACCUCGCGCUCAAGGCGGAGGAGAGCCGCGGGCCGAGCAGCCGCUCCUCGGGUGGCGCGAUCGCGGCCGCGGCGCGGCGGGUCGACCGGCGCGCUGAGGAGCCGGACUCGAAAGGCGCUAUUGACCUCUGCAGCAGCAGCGACGACGACGAGUUGGAGGAGGGGGAGUUCCGCCCCGAUGUCGCGGGGGUUUCUUGCAAGCGGCAGGAGUCCGCGUCCAAGGGCGACGAAGGGCGCCGCGCGGGGGUUUCUUGCAAGCGGAAGGAGCCCGCGUCCGCGUGCUCGCCCGACGACGAGGACGAUAAAAUCCCGCUCAGCCAGCUUAUCAAGAAGCGGAGGAGAGCUAAGCCUUGGGCUAAUGGCGAACCCAAGAAGGGGCAUGGAGAUGUUCCGGCGAAUUCUGCUGGACCUUUGGGGGUUGAUCGGCUUGUGAUUUCUCCCGUGAACAGGGGAAUCCCCGAAGCAGUCGCGGAGCACAUGGUUGGUAGACCUGAUGAUCCAAAGGUGGCGGCUUUCUUGCAGGGGAGUGGGAAUGGAAAAUCGGGGAAGAAUGGGGGAUUGCCCAGGACAAUGCCGAGUCCUCCACCCACUGGUUCCACUGCUGGGAACAGCCUGCACAAGAACUGCUCCAAGCCCGACGGCUCUGAAGGCCGAGAGAGGAUUGGUGAGAAACAAGGUCCUGUUGCUGGUCCGGAGAAUGAUGCACCAGUUCAGGUGAGAACUCCAAGCGUUACGGACACGGCGAGGAGAAUUGUCGGAUCAGCGCGAGUUGGUGCUGAGACGCCCAUGGAGCACACCGAUUCUUCAUCGGAUGGAACUGUCAGCGUGGUUCUCAAGUCAAUCGAAGGGCAGGAGAAAGCAAUUGGUGGAGUGCACAAGACGAAGGUAUCGCUGGAAACUAAUGGAACUGGGGACAAAGCUAGUAUUGUAUUGAAGGAUACUAGAGAGCAAGGGAAACCAGAUGGCCAAGUGCUCCACACAAAGGUGUUGUCAAGAACUAAUGGAAUUAGGGAACAAGGGGGUAAGCUCAGUCCUUGUCAGAGCCGGGUGGAUAUUCAUGGAGGCAGACCCACGACAUCAGAUAAGCCAGUGUCAGCCACCUUGCAGCGGAAAAAUCAGCUUGCGCUGCAUUCGGAGCAAAUGUCAGUAGAGAGUCCAUUGCCUUCAGCAGUUACAAGAUUCUGGAAAUCUUCUUCAGAUGUUUUUAUGUCAUGCCUUGCAAAUAAGGAGAUCUGUAUGCAAGCUGCUUGUGCUCUUCACCGCCAGAAAAAGUUUACAACUCAACCAACUGAAGGAGGAGUCACCAAAUUUGAUGCACACAGGUGUGUUAAAAUUGAGUCCCUUGGAGGUUAA